GUAAAGGUUUUCUGUGGUCACACCUACUGUUCGUGGUGUAACCGUGGCUGGACGACUUUUUUCUUUUGGUUCACUGUGGCAGUCGUUGGGCUCCGGUAAGACAAUGAUUUUGAUGGAUUUAUUGUGUCAUCCCGUGUGGGCAAUUUCCACGGUGCUGCUGGCGCUGGUCGUGCGCCUGCAGCGCAGAGCGAAAUGGGAUCCACGAGCCUGUGAAGUGACGCUGAAAGGGAAAACAGCAAUAGUGACAGGAGCCAAUACAGGCAUAGGAAAGUUCAUUGCCAUGGACUUCGCCCGACGUGGAGCACGUGUUAUCCUUGCCUGUCGCAGCGAGGCCCGGGGCUCAGCAGCACUGAAGGAAAUCAGGGAGACAACAGGAAACUCUAAUGUCCACCUGCGUUUAGUAGAUGUGUCCUCUCUGGACUCUGUCAGGGAAUUUGCCGACAGGAUUCUUGCUGAAGAAAAAGCACUCCACAUUCUUGUCAACAAUGCUGGUGCAUCAGGUUUACCCAGGGAAAUAACCAAAGAUGGAUUGGAAAUUUCAUUUGCCACCAACCAUUUGGGGCCUUUCCUGCUCACCAACCUGCUGCUGGAUUUAUUGAAGAACUCGGCUCCUUCACGUAUUGUCACUGUCAGCUCAGUCAAUCAUAAGAAAGGUCAGGUGGACUUUUCUCACUUUCGGGGGGAGAAUCUGAAAUACCACAUGGAUACAGUCUACAAUCACACAAAGCUGCAUAACGUCAUCUGCACCACCGAGCUGGCACGUCGGCUUCAGGGAACUGGCGUCUGUGCCAACUCUGUCCACCCUGGUGUUGUCCUGACAGAAGUGUUACGACACUAUUCGUUAACCGUCCGUUUUCUCUUCAACCUCAUCGGAUUUUUCUUUUUCAAGUCUCCAGAAGAGGGUGCGGUCAGCUCAAUCUACUGUGCAGUAGCAGAGGACACAGAGGGGAUAACUGGAAAGUACUUUGACAGCGACUGUUCUCUGGUUCUUCCCGCCCCUUUAGCACGAGACCCUGCCCUUGCAGUAAAAGACUUUGAGAUCUGUGAGAGACUGACAUCAAAGCUCUGAAACUAUUAUCAGGCAGAUGUCGGCUUGAUAAUAACAUGUGGACAUUCCUUUUUAUUUUUGUAAUAGAAUUAGUAAAGUAUGCUGUAGGUAGAAGACAGGGUUAGGGUUCAGAGUAGAUGUUUUUAAAGCUGGAUUGAAGUCAUGGAAAAAUAAUUUUGUAAAUUACUCUAUUAACUUAACUACAAAGUUACUCUAUAGUUACUGUAGUACCUGCCUGGUCGUCUGGUUGUUCAGGGAACCAUGCAUGUACUGCAGCUGCAUUGCUCUGUUACAUUACUCUUUUUUUUCCUUUUAUGCAGUGGUGUCAAACGCAUUUUGGUUCGUGGCCAUAUUUAGCCUAAUUAGGCCAGACCAUACCAUAAUUACCUAUGAAUAACAACAAGUCCAUGCUUUUCACCUUUGUUUUCAUGCACAUAAGUACAAGUAUAUUUAACAAUCUUCAUAUUGAAUGAAAUACAAUUUUACUAAACAUAUUAUGAACAUGAAGUCCAUUUUUAUACUUUGCAAAUUCAUCAAGCGGGCCAGAUUGACCCUCUAAUGGGCCAACUUUGGCCCACGGGCCGUAUGUUUGACAUCCUUGCUUUAAUGCAUUGUAUGCCGGCGAUAUUGAUAACAGCAAUUAAGGGUAAAAAUCAAAAAGACAAUUUUAAAAAGUAAAAAAUAAUUACAACUGACCAAAUAAAUGAUAUUAUUAAUUA